UCAAAUUGAACUUGACUCCCUCUGUCCUCCCUAUCAUAGGAAAGAAAAGUAUACUCAAUCCCCCAAUAAUCUCUGUCCUCUCCAACUCUAAAGCGCUUAUGUCCUUAGAAAUUGAAACCCUAAGCAAAAUCGAUCUGUCCGACCAGACCAGUGAGGUGGCGCUUGCAACAAUCGCAUAGUGAGAUCUAACUUCGGUAAACGGUACCGCCGCUCGAGCUGACGGUUUAAUUACAUCUAGUCAGAUCAUUUAAGAGGGAAGAAGCACUGCCCUGCCAGAUUUUAUGAAGAAAAAGGGUUCAGCCUCUCAAUUUUCCCAAAGCAAGUCAUUCUUGCUGCUAAAGGAAGCAUCAUCUGCUAGGAACCAUUAUAGAGGAAGUAGGUGCAUGCCGAAAAGAAAAAAGAAAAGCUUGGGAAAGAAAGGGAAAAAUAAGGGUGAGUACAUCUUGGUGGACAGAAUUAGCGAGUUGCCAGAUGAAAUUCUUUUUAGUAUAGUGUCUCUUUUGCCACUAAAGGAAGCAGCAGCUACCAGUGUCCUUUCUAAGCGAUGGCAGUAUGUGUGGACGUCUACUACAACUCUCAAUUUUGAUGCUAAAUUUGAAGUCCAUGAAAAUUUAUGGCGCUUCUUUCAAAUGAAACCAGAACUGAAAGACCUGGAAACACGUAGAUACAUCGAUUGGGUAAACACUGUGGUGGAACAACAUAGAGGCCCAGCCAUUGAACGAUUUAGGGUUUGCUCUUCUAUAAAUUCUCGUUUUACAAGUUCCAUUGAUAAAUGGAUUCAUUAUGCAAUGAGUAGGAGAGUUCAAAUACUUGAGCUGGUGUUUCGUUUUGAUUUUGUUACUCCGUAUACAGAACUCUAUCAAUUUCCCCACAAAAUAUUAGGUCUCAAAAACGAUUCUACCUCGAGGCUUAAGCACAUGCAUUCUGACAUUCCAAGUCUACACUCGCGUGGAUACAAUGUUGGAUUUAAGUUCCUCAAAGUUCUUCAUUUCCAGUAUGUUGAUGUGACUGGUGAAGUUCUCGAGUACUUUUUGUCUACCUGUCAGGUUCUUGAAAGAUUAACAGUGAACUCUGCUAUGAAUUUGGUAAAGUUAAGAGUUGUUGGUCCGUUGAUUGCCUUGAAAUAUUUAGAUAUACAAUGGUGUGGGGUCCUCGAAAGCAUUGAAAUUCAUGAUGCAACAAACCUUGUUUCAUUUAUUUACCAAGGACAUGCGAUAAAGUUGCUUCUCAGUAACGUACCUUUGCUGGUUGAGGUAUCCAUUUCUGAGGAUCUUGUUGCUUCCUUCUAUAAUGAGGGUCAUUUUUACUUUAAAUCCAUAGAGCUUCCCUUCUCCCAACUUUCAAGUUGUCUUUCUCAGCUAGCGGUUCUCAUGCUGGAUAUCGAAGGAGCGAUAUAUGACGAGAAUCGUGUAUUUCCUGUAUUAGCAAAUCUCAAGCAUUUGGAACUAAUAGUUACAGCAAAUAAUCGCCGGGCUCUUUGUCAUUUAAAUUCUUUCAUGAAGGCGUCGCCUUGCUUGCGGAGACUUGUGCUGAAGGUUUAUAACAAUAUGCUGAUUAAUAUACUUAAUGGUCCUUUGCAGUUGGGUUUCUCAUCCUUAAAAGGAGCAGGGAAAAAAUGGAGAGUUGGCAAAUGUCCCCAUCCUAACCUCAAGGUAGCAGAAAUAGUAGGGUAUCGUGCUGAAAUAUGUGUUGUUGAACAUGUCAUGUACCUUAUAAAAAAUGCCAUUGCACUAGAGAAAUUAGUUAUUGAUCCUGUUCGGCGUUGGGAGUAUCCUAGUGAAUUAUAUCCUAGUGAAAAGGAUAGAGGAGUCAAACAAGUCAAAGAGGAAGUGGAAGCAAGAGAUCAUGCUAUGCAACAGCUGAAGGGAAAAGUGGCUUCAACUAUUGAAUUUGUAUGUCUGUAGUAGUAAGUGCUGUGGUAUGAGCAAACAAACUCGAAAUGAUACAUGGUUUAUCUUUACUUUAUUUUAUUAUAUGUUUUCUGUUAAACUGAGUCCAAGCUCAGCUUCUUCUACGAAAUUAAUUAUAUGGCAAGCGGGCGUUGGCAACGUUGUCAUUCA